GACUUAAUUGACUCCUAAGCGUUAGGGUUCGGUUCCUUUUGUCAAACGUUUUCUCAAUCAUCCCCUUGACUACAUCGCUAAAUCCUUCUUCAUUGGCUGCUCAUUCCCAAAGAAUCUAACAUUCCCCUAGCUUUGAUUUCCUCUUGUGCUGGAAACAGUCAUCUCCUCUUGAUACAGUUUUGAUUCUACAACGCCUUUGGAAUUUAUUCGAUUUCAUUUAAGUUUAAAAAACUUGCGUCAAAUCAAAUGAUGCAUCCACGCUGCAAAAAGCUUCUGCUGCUUCUGUUCUUAUUCAUCGCUAUAUUCAUUGGGAACAGUGACGGAGACACUCAGGAGGAGAUCUCGCAUAAAGCAAGAGCUUCUCCUGAUGGAAACGUGAGGAGAAACGUUAUAGACGGAAGCGGUGUAGAGAAAACCUUACAUGACAUUGGAAUGGGUGAUCAGAAGAGAGGCAGUCACAGCAAAGUCUCAGUCUCAACAGUUGUAUUGUUCACCUUGGCAAUGGCUGCUGCCACUGGGUUAGGCGCAGUGCCCUUCUUCUUUGUUGAGCUCGAUCCUCAGUGGGCUGGAAUAUGCAAUGGCAUGGCUGCUGGUGUGAUGUUGGCCGCUAGCUUUGAUCUUGUAAAGGAGGGGCAAGAGCAUGGUUCUGGAAACUGGGUUGUUACUGGGAUCCUAGCCGGUGGGUUGUUCAUUUGGCUCUGCAAGCAGUUUCUUGAACAAUACGGCGAGGUUAGCAUGCUGGAUAUCAAAGGCGCAGACGCAGCGAAAGUUGUUCUCGUCAUAGGGAUCAUGACUCUUCAUUCUUUCGGGGAAGGAUCAGGGGUUGGUGUAUCGUUCGCUGGCUCAAAGGGUUUUAGUCAAGGGCUUCUGAUCACUUUGGCAAUAGCAGUUCAUAACAUUCCAGAAGGGUUGGCUGUUAGCAUGGUGCUGACGUCAAGAGGCGUCUCUCCACAAAACGCCAUGCUCUGGAGUAUAAUCACAUCUCUGCCUCAGCCUCUCGUUGCUGUACCAGCUUUUUUAUGUGCUGAUGCAUUUAGCAAGUUUUUGCCCUUUUGUACUGGAUUUGCCGCUGGUUGUAUGGUUUGGAUGGUUAUUGCUGAAGUGCUUCCUGAUGCAUUCAAGGAAGCGUCUCCAUCUCAAGUAGCAUCUGCAGCCACAAUAUCAGUAGCAUCCAUGGAAGCUUUUAGCACUCUUUUCGAGAGUUUCACACAUGAUUACAACUCAGAGGAUGCUUCUGGCUUCUUCGUUUCACUCCUGUUUGGUCUCGGCCCAUUGCUUGGGGGAGGGUUUCUGGUUGCGUCGGCACUCACCUUCCGUCUCCAGCACGCUCUCCUCAUGGGAGUAGCCUCAGGCAUUGCCUUUGUCCUCGGUCUCUGGCGUCCGCUUCAGCUCCUGCUAUCUGCAAAAAUGGGAUUCAUCCCUCUGGUUAGUCUGCUCGCGGUUGGAGCCGGGCUGAGCCAUUUCACUAGCUCAACCAUCCUGAACGUUACUUCUCGGAAGAAGUCCCGGGCUGGCAGUUUAAUCACCCCAGUAACUAAUUUUCCAACGAGUAUGAUAACACUCCAAUCAUUAUUAGCCUGUGGAGCGGUUGGUUUCCACGCGCUAGCCGAGGGGCUUGCACUUGGGGUUGCUGCUCCGAAGGCUUACGGGCUAGGCAGACACAUGGUGCUCCCGGUUUCCUUACACGGGCUACCGAGAGGGACAGCGGUCGCAAGCUGCGUCUUCGGGGCUACAGACAGCUGGCACGCAGCACUUGCGGCGGCUGCUUUGAUUGGGUUUGUGGGACCUGUGUCAGCCAUAGGAUCGAUACUAGCCGGGAUAGAUUACAGUGGACUGGAUCAUGUGAUGAUGGUGGCGUGCGGUGGAUUGCUGCCUAGCUUCUGGCAGGUGGUGAAGAGAGCGGUGAAGUUAGAGAGAAAGAAGGGGAGUGUGGGGAUGGUGCUGGGUGUAGCGUGUGCGGUUGUGUGUCUGACUUUCACUAGACUGGUGUGCUUGCAUACGCCUUAUUGUAAUUCUGCACCUGAGGCUGUCAGAUGAUUGAUUCAUGAAAGCAAGAGCCACCUCUUGUGAACUCUUACUUUUCUAUGUUGUAAGAUAUAUGUUUUCUUUGUGAAUAAACGAACACAUUAGUUUUAUUUCGCAGAAUGAUUGAAUCUAUAGAUAU